UCCUGGCCACACUAAGGAAUAUGCCCGGCAUCACCGUGGACACCAGCCUCCCUUGUCCGUGCUGGGACAUCAGGAGGCUUGCCAUGCUGGUGCAUUGCGGCCUUACCAAGUCCUUGGGUUCCUCUCUCCAGGGCCCUAAUGUGCUCGUCUCCAUCCUGUGGGAGGUUGUCGAGGCCCUGCUGGCCCGGUACCAUUCAGACCGCCCUGAGGAAUCCUCCAUCCCCACCCAAGUUCCCUGGGUGAUGCAGGAGGAACAGGAGAUGGAGGAAGAGCUGCUCAGCCAGAGACUUCCUGAGCAGCUCAGGGAGCAACUCUACGGGACGUUUGGCACGUGGGUCCAACACGGCAAACUCUUUGGCAGGGCUCUCCCACCGAUGAGCACCGCAGAGCAGGACCUGAGAGGAGGGGGCGCAGCCGUCCACAGCAACACUCUGGCUGACGACCCUGUCGCUCUGGACCCCAGUCUGGACGCCCCUCAGAAGGAGCAGCCCGACAGCCACAGCCGUUGUGAUCCGUCUGUGAUGGAGAACAGUAGCUGUGGACCCGUCACUGGAGAUCUCCUUCCUCCAGCAGCUCAGCCGGAGAACGGAGAGUCUAACUCCGUCUCCACAACCGACCCGGUUGUGAUCCAGCGGUCCACCGUUGGAUUCAUUGUGGCCCAGCUGUUCAGAGGCCGGGACGAAAUGUCCUCCCCGUCCCACAUCGACCGGUACCGGGCCUUCCAGAACCUGGUUGUCCGGGAAGUCCACCUCCUGCUGCAGGAGGAGGCCACCAUGAACCAGGACAACCCUGGAUUUGAGCGGACCCUGGAGCGCCUGAAGGACCCCGUGCAGGAGGAGAAACUGGGUCUGCAGCUUCGCUGGGUGCUUGAGGAUAGGCUGAAAGAGGCCUUGCCCGGCGUGUGCCUGUCCAGGGACGGGCUCAUGAAGGACCCCCCGAACACCCUGCUGGCCUGCUCCCUGAUCGCCACAGAGGUGCUUGAUCACCUGAAGACCUCUGUGAGCUCUCCUGACUACAACAAUGAGGCAGAGGAGUGUCUUCACGGGGAACAGUUGUUGGCCCCCGCUAAGGAUCCCCAGAACCCCCUGCCGGCCCCUAAUGAACCGGACCCCCAGAAUCCCCCUGAUGACUUCAAGGGAGCAGAGGAGUGUCUCCACGGGGAAGACACAACGUUCGUCACCUCCCCUAAGGAGACUGUGGAGGUGAAGAAGAAAAAGAGGAGGUGGUCUUGGCUUCGCCGGCUCUUCACCUGCAAAAGAAAAUAAGCACGCCACUGCUUGUAUAUAACUUGCAUUUAUUGUUUUUCUUAUUAUUGUUUUAUACCUUGAUUUAUUUUGUACAUUUUUGGAAUGAAUUAUUGUGCUCAAAUAAAUGUUUCCCUGAAUUCUCUAUACUAUGCAUAAGACUCUAAUUGGCAAUGUUAAAAGGCAUUUAGCUUC